UCAAGUAUUUAUGAACAUAUUUCUCUGCAAAAAGAAAUAUAUACCCUGAAAAAAAAGGACGAGGUUCCUGGUCCUCUUGACCACUGGUCAACAUAGAGUAAACACACAAUGAGGCUUGAAGAAACUCAGAGUAAACGACAAGGAGGCCAACAUUCCCAGCUGGUCACUUGGGUCUUUGCAAUUGUUUGCAUCUUUCUUCUCAGUGCCUGUUUUAUUGCAAAUUGUUUUGUGACAUAUCACAUUUUUUUACGUAAGAGAGGAAUGCAAAGGUUCAAGUUACCCGAGUAUCAUAUGAAGCUAACAUGCAUCAGAGAAGAAUCAGGACUAAAAGGUAUAGAUAGAGAUACCUGGAAUUGCUGUCCUAUUGGCUGGAAAGGCUUUCAGUCCAACUGCUAUCUUCCUUUUAAUGACAACAAAACAUGGGCUGAGAGUGAAAGGAACUGUUCAGAGAUGGGAGCCCAUCUGGCGACAAUCAGCACAGAAGCUGAGCAGAACUUUACGACUAAAUUUUUGGAUAGACGAUUUUCAUAUUUCCUGGGACUUACAGAUGAGGAUAUUGAAGGUCAAUGGCACUGGGUGGACCAGACACCAUUUAAUCCACACAUGGCAUUCUGGCAUGAGGAUGAACCUAACAACUUUCAGGAAGAAGACUGUGUUGUCAUUGUUAAUGCCCAAGAUAAAUGGGCCUGGAAUGAUUUUCCUUGUAACUUUGAGACAAGUAGAAUUUGUAAGAUACCUGGAACAGUAUUCAACUAGAAACCUACAAAGUGAUCCUUGUGAUGGAAACAGAAAAGAAAAACCAAAUCAAGCAGGGCAGAAUGUAAAGCAUCAUUCAAACAGAGAAAACUUGGAGUCAUAGAGCAUUUUUCAGUCAGAAUGCCCUUAUUUAUUUUUGUUCAACUCAUUCAAGAUUGUGUGUGUGUGUGUGUGU